AUGUCAUUCACAUUCAAAUGGCCUCGCUUCUCGGAUCAGUUUCACGCCAAUGCCAUCCAAAUGCUGGAGUCGGCCCUCAACAAGGGCAACAAGCCUCCGGUCAUAGCAGACAGGAUAGAGGUCGUCGAGUUGGAAAUGGGCACGCAACCUCCUGAGCUCGAGAUACGUGAUAUCGGGGAGUUAACGAUGGACCAAUUCCGCGGCAUUUUUCGCCUGACUUAUGCCGGGGACGCACACAUUGUCCUCAGGACGAAGGUCCAGGCCAACCCUCUCAACCAUAAACAACCCGACAUCCACCUCAUGGGCGGGUCGAGCGGCAUGCUCGCCGCUAAGCAUCCGCUCGUCGUGCCCAUGCUCCUCCGCCUCUCCCAGUUCCGCCUCAACUCGUACGUCGUCCUCGUCGUCUCCCGCCAGAAGGGCAUCACGCUCGUCUUCAAGACCGACCCGCUCCAGAACGUCGACAUCCACAGCACCUUCGACUCCAUCGCCGUCAUCCAAAAAUUCAUACAGCGCGAGAUCGAGGGCCAGCUCCGCCAGAUGUUCCGCGAGGACCUCCCCGGCAUCAUACACCGGCUCAGCCAGCAGUGGGUCAAGGCCAAGGUCGAAGCGCCAUAUCUGGCGAAGAACAACCCCGCCGCAGUGUCCCGCACGCGCAGUCUGGAUGGCGUAGGGUCGAUAGGACCUGGAUCCUACCGCAUACCACGCAUGCCCCCAGUCGGCAUCGCGCCCAGUGUGGCCAGCCUUCCUCGUCGACCCUCCUCUAUCGCGUUCAUUCCCCGUCCUCGUUCGCCGUCCGCGCGUUCGGUGUCAGGCGUGGGCAGACGGCCCGCGUCUUCCCUGCUGACGUCGCCUGCUCCGCGUUCCCUGUCCCAAAACUCGAACACACACCCGGUUCAAGAUGGUCCGACGUCUUUCCCAGAGAUCGAGAACUAUGAUCCCACGUACGGUCUGCGGCCCGAAGGCAUACCCGCGAAGAGCACGUUUGGUGGACUUCGCAGUCUCUUCGGCCGAAACAAGGGUCUUGCCGACCUCGCUGAAGAAGGCAGCGAGGUCGAUGGCUCAGUAGACGAUGGCGCCUCAUUUGACCCUGGCACCUGGGAAGACUUCCUCUCGGACGGCGGAAACAUCGGCCCGUCGAUAUCUGAGGCCGGAGACGUCUCCGAAUACGAGACCGUCCCUGCUGUCGGUGGAGGCACAAUCACCCGUCCACGAGUAUACCAUUCACAAUCACAGAUACAUGUCCCUUCUUCAGAGGGCGAUGCAGAUGACACACCUUCUACCUUCCGCCGUCCACUGCCUUCUCGAGCCGGUUCACUGCCAAUCACACGCUCCACAUCACGACCAGCAUCUCUUUAUAAUCCCUACUUCGCAGGCAUGACUCCCCUAUACGAGUCCGUUCCUGAUGCGCAUCCCUACUCCUAUGCGGCGGAAUCGUCGGCGGGGCCGUUCCGGCGAGCUCCGUCGAUCCCGCCCGUCCCCUCCCUGGACCAUUCGCCUUUCGUCCGUCCCGGCACUCCCUCUAGCCUUCAGACCCAACGGUCCCGCUCCAGCGACAUGACCAACUCCGUCCCGACGCCCCCGCCGCCCGAAGAGGAACAGAACCUCAACGUGCGCAUCGGGCGACCCCGGCGGCUCUCUGCGACGUCGUCCAACCUCGAGACAUUCUCCUCGGGCCCGUAUGAGCAGAUGGCUGAACACCACCAGGACCCCAAGAUUGUCCUCCGGCCUACGCUCAACGGCAGCAUCUCCAAACUCUCGACCCUCUCCCACUCCAACCACACGCUUUCGCCCUACACGCGCACGGUCGAGCACUUCACCGUUCGCUCCGUUCCCCCGCGCGACACGAACAACUCCGGCCCAUCUUCGACCGUCGAGCGACAGCCCGUCAAGGCCCGCCGCAAGAGGUUACACAGGCUGGGCAAGAAACCUGCGAGGCCACCCGAGUCGUUUCCGUCUGGCGGAAACGAGCUUGACGAGCGGAGCAUUCCCUCGUCGCCUGGCUCGCCGGCGCCACCGUCCGAGUUUGACGCGUCGGAAAUGGACGUCUACUUCCGCUCGCGCGACGACCUGAUCCCGCGGUAUCCGAGUCUCCAUCCGUCGCACGUUCGUCGACGAGUACCGCAUCCGUCAUGA